GCGGGCGGCGGCGGCGGCGGCGCCCCGGCGGGGUGAGAGUCGCCGGGGUGAUGGUGGGCGCGCGCCGCUGCUGCCGCUGCCGGCCGGGCGUCUCCUUCACCUGACCCGGCAGCCCCGCGCGCAGCCCGCACCCGCCGCGUUAAUAAUGCACUAGAAUGUCAGCGCUGAAAAAGGUUCUGCCUGGCAUACUGCAGAAGCAUUGCUGUAUUUUACCUGACAGGAACACAGAGUCACAGUGUACACUCUGUGGGGAGCCUGAAGAUUUGGAUUCUCUAACAGGGCAUGCAUUUCCAGAAGAAGAGGGUGGCGAUCUGCUCAAGUCGGGCUUCAGUUUUCCAGGGACGCCAGAGGAGGAGCUAGACCAGCAGUACUCAUGGUCACCUUCUCAGCACUUCAAUGAAGAAAGAUACUCUCCUGCUCCGAGGAAUAUGAAAGGAUUAUCUGGUAGUCGCAACCAACCACAGUUAUGUUCAGCUCAUACUUGUGGCUUAGCAUCCCCUGAAGAUUGUGAACACACCCACGACCAUAUCCACCAUGGGCAGGAGCCAAGGCAAUCGUAUCUUCUCAGCCCCACGGAGAGUUGCCCGAUGGACCACCAUCGUUGCUCACCACGCAGCUCCAUUCAUUCUGAAUGCAUGAUGAUGCCCAUGGUAAUGGGCGAUCACAUGUCAAGUAGCACUUUCCCCAGAAUGCACUACAGUUCACAUUACGACUCAAGAGACGACUGCGCCAUGUCUCACGGUAACCCUAAGAUUAACCGUAUUCCUGCAAAUCUUUUGGACCAAUUUGAGAAACAACUUCCUCUUCACCGGGAUGGGUUCCACACUUUACAGUACCAGAGGACCUCAACAGCUGCGGAACAACGCAGUGAGAGCCCAGGAAGAAUACGCCAUCUUGUUCAUUCAGUCCAGAAACUUUUUACUAAAUCUCAUUCUCUGGAAGGAUCAUCCAAGGGCAACGUUAAUGGAACAAAGGGAGACAGUCGAGGGGACGACCAUCAUCACGGGCACCAUUCCAAGCACGGCAAAAGGAGUAAAAGUAAGGAGCGAAAACCAGAAAGCAAGCAUAAAUCUGGAAUGAGCAGCUGGUGGAGCUCUGAUGAUAAUUUGGACAGUGAUAGCACUUACCGAACCCCUAGUGUGGUAAAUAGGCACCAUGCAGAUCAUAUAUCCCAUUGCUAUCCUGAGGCGCUCCAGGGGCAUUUUGGGGAUCUCUCAUUGAAGACUUCCAAAAGUAACAAUGAUGUGAAGUGUUCGGCUUGUGAAGGGCUAGCAAUGACCCCUGAUGGUAAAUAUAUGAAAAGGAGUUCUUGGUCCACGCUUACAGUAAGUCAGGCUAAAGAAGCUUAUCGCAAAUCAUCACUGAACUUAGAUAAGCCUCUGGUUCAUCAGGAAAUCAAACCUUCCUUGAGGCCGUGCCAUUACCUUCAGGUACCUCAGGAUGAAUGGGGAGGAUACCCAGCUGGUGGGAAAGACGAAGAGAUCCCCUGCAGAAGAAUGAGAAGUGGGAGCUAUAUUAAGGCCAUGGGAGAUGAAGAAAGUGGAGACUCUGAUACUAGUCCCAAGACAUCACCAAAAUUAACGGUUCGACCAGAGUCAUUAUUAAAAUCCAUUGGACAAAGACCACUGGGAGAUCAUCAAAAUCAGAGCUACCUUCAAACUGCAAGUGACGUGCCUGGGGGUCACAACCUGGAUCCCUCUGCAAACUACAAUUCCCCAAAGUUUCGCUCAAGGAAUCAGAGCUAUAUGAGAGCAGUGAGCACGCUCAGUCAGGCCAGCUGUGUUAGUCAGAUGAGUGAAGCAGAGGUUAAUGGGCAAUUUGAAUCGGUGUGUGAAUCAGUGUUUAGUGAAGUUGAAGCUCAGGCAAUGGAUGCCCUUGACCUCCCUGGAUGUUUCCGAACAAGAAGCCACAGUUACUUGCGUGCCAUUCAGGCAGGCUAUUCCCAAGAUGAUGAAUGUAUACCUGCGAUGGCAUCUUCCAACAUCACCUCAACUAUCAGGUCAACAACAGCUGUAACUUACACCAGUUACAAAAAAACACCACCACCGGUACCCCCUCGUACCACUUCCAAGCCACUGAUCUCAGUCACAGCACAGAGCAGCACAGAAUCCACCCAGGACGCAUAUCACGACAGCCGGACUCAGAGGAUUUCCCCGUGGCCGCAGGACGGGCGAGGGAUGUACAACUCCACCGACAGCUUGGACAGUAACAAGGCCAUGAAUCUCGCCUUGGAAACCGCGGCUGCGCAACGCCACGCGUCCGAGAGCCAGAGCACCUCGAUACGAACCAGCGACAAGGCCAUUUUAGUGACAAAGGCAGAGGAGUUUCUUAAGAGUCGACGUUCCUCUAUAGGGAUCCAGGUGGAAACAGCAACUGAUUCUGAUACUGAAAGCAGAGGCCUACGGGAAUACCACUCUGUUGGAGUACAAGUGGAAGAUGAAAAACGACACGGACGAUUCAAGCGCUCAAACAGUGUGACAGCAGCUGUCCAGGCUGACCUGGAGCUGGAGGGCUUUCCAGGACACAUCACCAUGGAGGACAAGGGACUUCAGUUUGGCUCGUCGUUCCAGCAGCACUCGGAGCCCAGCACGCCCACCCAAUACAGCGCAGUGAGAACUGUACGGACACAGGGACUGUUCAGUUACAGAGAAGAUUAUAGGACCCCAGUUGACACCUCAAACCUUCCACCACCAGAACCCUGGCUAGAGCCAGCCAUUGAGACAGUAGAGACUGGUCGAAUGUCUCCUUGUCGACGGGACGGAUCUUGGUUUAUGAAGUUGCUACAUACUGAAACUAAGAGAAUGGAAGGAUGGUGUAAAGAAAUGGAAAGAGAAGCAGAAGAAAAUGAUCUUUCUGAAGAAAUCCUAGGUAAGAUCCGAAGUGCUGUUGGAAGCGCUCAGCUCCUCAUGUCUCAGAAAUUCCAGCAAUUUUAUUGGCUUUGUCAGCAAAAUCUGGACCCGAGUGCCAUGCCGAGACCAACUUCCCAGGACCUAGCAGGUUUCUGGGACUUAUUGCAGCUCUCAAUUGAAGACGUCAGCAUGAAGUUUGAUGAACUGCACCAGUUGAAACUCAAUGAAUGGAAAAUAAUAGAAUCACCUGAAAGGAAGCCAACUGGUUGGUGGAUGGAAGAAAGAAAGGUUCCUCCUCCUGUACCAAAGAAGCCCCCAAAAGGAAAAUUCCCUAUCACAAGAGAAAAAUCUCUGGACCUACCCGACAGACAGCGACAAGAAGCUAGAAGACGGCUAAUGGCUGCUAAAAGAGCAGCCUCUUUCCGGCAGAAUUCAGCCACAGAGCGUGCAGACAGCAUCGAGAUAUAUAUCCCAGAGGCUCAAACCCGGCUUUAAAGACAGAAUGCUGCAGAGUUCCUUUUUUAAACAAAAUGCUUGUACAGUUUGUCACUUACCUGGUAAUUUUUGUCUCAUUCUCUCCACUAAAUAUGCCCUUGCUGUUGUGUUCUUUGUGCCAUAAGCACAGUGGAAUGCUUUUGAUUUCCUCAGAAUUUGCUGAGCUCACCGCAAGAACGACUUCUUUUUGUAUUUAUUGUCUGACUUACUAUCAGCUACAAUGGAUAGGGCUUGUCGAGACCUGACUUAUCCAAUAUAUUCUCAGAGGACAACAAGAAACACCUCUUGAGAUGGAACCCAGCUUACUUUUUUUGUUAUUUAUAUUUUUAUAAAAUGUGUGAUAAUUAGGGAUAAGAAUAACAAACUAUAAAUGGGUGCAUCUCACCAUUCACUAGAGGCAUUAGCUAAUCCAAGUAGAAGGUGCUACAAAUGUAAAGAGCAGGAAAGAAAGAACCCAUUUAUCUCUCUGACCUCCAGUUUCUUUUCCUAGAACCCAGCUAACAUAUUUACCCAUGCGCUCUGCCACUCUUCUCAUCUUUGUUACUGCAAAAUAACAUUAGGCCUCUCAUGUCAUGUCAAGUUUCUGGAGAUGAACAGGGAUAUCCAGCCACUAAAACUCCAAAGUUCAUCAGAAACCAAGAAGCAUUCAAGUCUGGUGGUGGUGGUGGGAAUGCCCACUGAGAAACGUUUGCUGUUAGCAGUAUAACGACACUCUGAAACCUAAGCAAAAUUAUAAUGCAAGAGGACUUGAGUGAUGGGUGAAAGGAAAACGGAAGCCUUAAAAAGUUAGAUCUUCUGUAGCAAGAUGUGUAAAGAAAAAGUUAUACUCGCUCCUUUGGAACACUCAUUGCAUUUUUAACAGUUCUUUUACGUGUUAACAUUUAUUUUAUAAACCUUCUCUCUUUCAUUUCAAGAGCUGUGCUACAUGUAAUAUUUCAAACUCUCAAAAUGUUAUAUCAAUUGAGUUUCCAGGGUAUCCUUGAGAAAAAAAAAAAAAAAUCUUGCUUGUUUAAAAUGCCAGUUGUGAUGUUGUAAACAGUUUAAGAAAUAUGAAUGUGAGUGGUAAGUAUAUCUAAGUUUAAAUGGUUAUGUUAAGGUAAAGGUGAACUGUGGUUUACAGUUGUAUUUUUUUUUUAGAACUAUUUUUCUAUGCAGUAUCAUUUAUGGCAAGAAUAAGCUUCUUGCUUGCUUCAGACAUUAAAAAAAACAUGACUCAAGAGAUAAAUGAUUUCCAGCCAUGGAAUAUAAGGAAAAUAAUAUAUUUUCAAGCCUCACAUUGUCAGAAGAGAGAAGUGGUAACUACCACAGUCAAGAGGCUUUAAUUUAAAACAAAUUAAGACAGAAUUAUUCCACUUCACCUACCUUCCAGAGCCAACCGAGCAACCCAGCACUUAGAAGUCUUCAGGUGAAGACGCAAUAAGAUGAGUAACCUACAGCCCCCGAUUCCGAGGUUUGAAUCCUACUGAACACUACUUUAGGUCAAAACAGUCUGAACCCAGUGAGACAGACAGCCCCAACUACUGCAUCCCCUGUUUACCUGCUUUAACAAAUGCAAUGUAUUUAGCCAUAGGCAGAACAGCUAUUUAAUUAUACUCAAGCACUUUGGUUCUUCACCUGAUGAGCACUUUAAAUCCGAAUCCCACCCACCCUGCAGCCUGACGGAUGACUGAAAACAUGAGGUAUCGUAGGUUAUGCAGAUCUGACAUUGCUUCAAAUCUGAUUUCUUUUGGGGUUUUUUGUUUUUCUUUUUCCUUCUCUUUUUCCUACAGUGUGUAGUAUUAAGCAUGAGUUCUGUCUUUGGAGCACAGCUGAUAAAGCAUGUUUAGCUUCAAGAUAGGCAUCCUAAGAGAUGAAGCUUUGAGAAGUUUCUGUGAGGAGAAAACCCUGUAAAUUGAGCCUGAUAUCUGGUAUAUACUUUACCAAGUAGCCUUAAACUUUAUUUGGAAGCAAAAACCAAGACGAAUGUAUAUCCUUCAAAAAUGCAAAAAAAAAAAAAAAAAAAAAAAAAAAGAAUAAAUCCCAGAAAUAUUCUUCUAUAGAUGAAAACAUUAUAUUUCCCAUCCCUCGUGUUUUCAAGGCAUUUUCUAUUAAGGAAAGAGCUGAAUCCUAGGUAGUGUACAAUAUUGAUGCUACUUCCUAUAUUUGUUGUACUAUUUUAAAUAGCAAUGUACCUGCAGACACUGGCAUCUUUAGUCUUGAAAACUUGUAUCUUAUUUAAAGUGGAGCUGCUAUUUAGAAAUAUCCACACAAAACUAAAGCCAGUGUCUUUCCUAGAUUUAAGAAAUUUAAAACAGACACACACUCCCUAUAAAUAUAUAUAUAUAUAUAUACAUGGCAGCUGAUACAUUUUAUCUAAUUUUCCUGUACACUUCAAGGAGAAAUCACACUUGACUUACUCGCCUGAAAACGCCCACCUGCAGCAGCAGGUCAUGCGAUUAAGACAAGUUGUAUUUGGUCCUGCCGGUAAUCAGACUUUAUAAAGACAAAUUGUAAAAAACAACAGAUUACAGAUAAGCAUAGAUCCCAGCUGACCUAAUAAUGCUGACUUGGAGCCAUCUGUAUAAGUCUUUAAUUUUAAACCCACAUUUUGAUAGGUUUUUAGUAUGUUAAAAUUUUAUUUGAUGUUCUCAGGCAAAAAUAGGCCUGCAUGAAUGAUGCCAACCCUGUAUUUUACAUUUCCCAUGCCAUUAUGAGAAAAUGUUCAAUAGAGGCUUUGGAUAUCUAUGAUUUCUGUUUGUUCCACCUUUGUUCCAAAAAAGAAAAAAAAAAAGAAAGAAUCAAAAGUAAUCUAGAUGCCUACUGAAAAAAUCUGAUAAUAUGUUAUCUGUGCAUGUUACAUUUCAAAGUGCAAUAUAUUAAAUUACUGUACAGGUAACAUUCUAUCAUUAAAGGCAAAUAAGCCAUUUCUAUUUACAUAUUGUACAUCUGGUUAGUUUAGAAGAAUAACAUUAUGCUUAUCAUACUUGUGUUGCAAAUAAAUCAAAAUCAAAUUGCUUCAGUCCCUGACAUGAGAGACACAGCAUGUGGUAUUUUAAUAAACAUACAAACAGAUCAAUUGUAAUCCGACCCCACAUCAUAAAAAUAAAAUUCAGUUUCAAAACCAGUGUAGGAGGAACAUAAAUAAACAUAAAGAUAGAAAGUGGAGUGCUUUCUACUUAGAGACUUCAUGGUGUAGACCCACAUGGAACAGCUGGAUAUAGCAAAAUAAUCUAGUGUUUAAUUAAAUACUAAUUGGACUAAUAUUUAUUUUAAGAGAUGAAAAUUAUAGAAAGUCUCUGUUCAUUUCUUCAUUGCCUGUAAGACACAAGUAUAAUAAACAGAAUUCUGAAAAUUUAAAUAAAGAAAAAGACCUGACUGGUAAAACUGUUGAUACUUGCCAUACUUAUUUUUGCUUUGUACAUUUUUUUAGAUUUGAAAUUCUUUGUAAAUUGGUGAAGUACAUUAUGAAGUGUUUUAUUAUUUCCUGUCGAGCUGAUUAGAAUGGCCUUUGGCAGCGUGCAAAGACUAAUAACAUUGUACAGUUUAAUACCAAAAAAUGACAUUUUAAUUCAUGCUUAAACCUUGUCACGAUUUGAGAUCCAUCAGGAAGGAAUUAAAGCGUGCAUAGGAAGGUGUGUGGAUUUCAUAUAUAUAUAUACACAUAUAAAAAAUACAUUUCAUACAAUGGAAAUUAUUUGUUUUAAAGUAAGCCCACGUCCCGCUGUAUCAGUCAGUUAGCAUUCUAGUUCCACCUUCUCCAGCGCCGCGUUGGUAUAAAGCGAGGCACCGUUCGGUCGCCGGCUGGUUUUGCAGGGAGAAGAAAGACCUGCUACGCGACGGCGUGCCGUAGGUGCCGUGCCGGCAGCCCCGCCGCUCCACGCCAGCUCCUGCCCGCGCGGGCCCACCCCGGCCCCGCGGCACCCUUGGCGGCGGCGGCCCCCCGGGCCAGCCCGUCCCGCUCGGCCCUUCGCAUUCGAGGCCUCGUGCCGGGCCCGCCCUGCCCGCUCGGCGGCUUCGGCGCCCUCCUCGGCGUCGGCGGCGUCGGGGGCCACGCCGGCGGCUGACCCACCGCGUGCUGCUUCGCGCGCAUUAGUUCGAGGCCCGGCGCUGGUCCGGCGGGCGUCAGGCCGCGCGCUCCGAAAAGCUGCGGCACCCCGAGCGGCGGGGGCCUCGGCGCGAGGCCGAGCGCGGACAUGAAACGCGAAGCAGCGCGGCUCCCGUUACCGUUCCCGGAGCAUCUUACCGGCAAGCUGCGCUCGAGGUGAGGAACGUCAGCACAACCCCUAAUGUCCAGAGAGGUGCUUCCCGGCGUACGACGGGUCGACGCUUAGGUUUAUACGGUGCCUUUCAUCCGGAAGGAUCUCCAAGCACUUUAUCAGCCGACACGCAAACUCCCGCGGGCCGGGCGGCAGCCGGGGCAGGUUACCCUGCCCGCGGCCCGGCGAGGCGGCCCGGCGGGGCGCUGGGGGAUCCCCCGCCUGUCCCCGCGCUGCCGGGGAGUUUCCUCCCACGCCCCCCCCCCCCCCCAGCGUCCGGGGGGACCCUCACGGUCCGAGCCCGGGCCACGGGAGACGCAAAGGCUCGCUGAACCGAGAGGAAGACCUGAGGAAAGCAGAGGCAAGGGCGACGCUCGUACCGCCCCUCCAGGGUGUAGGCAGGGAGUGAAGAGCAUCAGGUUAAGUUUCCGGAACAACCUCUGCUUUUUCCGUUCACGACGGCGGCAGCGAGGGGGCCUGUGGUGGAGGAGCUUCGCCGGGAGGGCCCCGCAGGAGAGCCCUGCCCGGUGCCAGGCGGGGGGGCUGAUGGCGCCUGCAGCUGAGCCCCCCCGGUCGGGGAUCUUGGCCAGUGUCUCCUUCGGCAAGCGCGUCCCCCCGCCGGCUUCCUUGGCGGGGCCGGAUCCAGCCGGGGCACGCGCUGCGAAAGCAGCCUUCCCCCGCGGCGUAACUGCCCGGCGCCCCGUUCUCUCCCCGGGUCUGCCCUCCGGCCCAGCUAGCGCGAGGGGUAACGCGGGGGGGGGCGCAGGACUGAGGCGUAAGGACUAGGCUUCGGUUUGGGCAGCUGCUCGUUCCUGAGAGUCGGCUCUAACCCUAAGGGCUCUUUGGCAGAGCAACGGGGACGCCUCUCUCUGCGCUGGCAGGAUCGGCAGACUAGAGGCAGCCAUUUCAUACUGCAGAUAACAGAAAGAGGCUAUGUGCAUCCAUACAUACACAUGACAAUUUUUCGGUGUCACGGUCCCAGACAGUUGGACUCGGGAACCACAGUCAACACUCUCGUUCCUGUAGGCCGUGCCACUUUCUUGCAGCUCAGCCUCAGCACCGACGGCCGUGGCAGGUUCUCUGCCUAGUGCAGCCCCACGGCCCAUCUGCAACUAUUCACCGUGUUCACCUUCAGGGACCAUCUUUUGGGAACAGCUGUUUUAUGGCAUGCUCAUAUGCAUACGCAGACUCCUGGCAGGAAUUAAGCCCUCCGUAUACACAGAAAUCGCUUAAUUUAUCUCUGAAAUGCAGCUACCUCUAUGGUGUAGUGCUGCAGCUGUUUAACUACAUAAUAGGCUGUUCAGGACAGCAAGUAUAAAACUGAAAUUGAAAUGGAAACUUGCCCAAAUGAGAAUUUGGCCAGCAUAUUUAGGCUGAUUCAGCUCCUCUUAACGAAAUAAAAUUCUAAUAGCUGCAAGAGGCCAGGGCACUCGUUAUAGCUAAAAACCAUGUUCCAGAUCCCUUCUCGUUACAUGCGUAUCGCAUUUCAUAAAUGAUGAUCGCAGAAGAAGACUGCAUGUUCACGGUCCCACCUUUCCACACAUGGGUGUUUCUCCCAUUACCCUUCGUUGCUGAAACAGAACUGGGCUUUUGAAGUCAGAUCAUAGAUAAUGUAAAUUAGUACCUCUACACCGCUUGCUCUUUGACUGAGCAAACACAGAACAGUUUUCAUCAACUGGCAAUUUAAUGCUCUAUUUUAUUAAGGCCAAAUUGUUAUUUUUCUAAAUUGGUUUUGUUGGGCAGGAUUUUUUACUUCUCUACUACAAAACCGUGGAUACGUUCACCUAAGCUUAAACGAGGGGGAGGAUUAUUUGAAGAUACGGUCAUUAUUCACCAACACAGCCUGUUAGUGAGGAUUUUCCUUCUCCUUCCCUUACUCUUCUUUCAUUCAACACAGCAUUUGCCAUUCCUAAAGCUGAACUGUCAUACAAGCUUCUUAUUUGUGAGAUGAAUUACUGCAGAGCUUCGGGCUAUGUUCUGGUGUCGGUCAUAUUAGAAUCAGUGCUAAGAAACUGAAAUCAGAAAGAAAUGUCAGAUUUGGAUCAGUAUAAUUCAGAUCAAUAUCUGAGUCAGCAAGUCCUGCUGAGGUAGGAAGGACUCACCGUUCAAGUUAGCGAGUGCGUAAUUACUUUGUGGGAUAUAGUUCUUCCUUUCAGGUAGGUCACAAUCAAGCAGAGGGCUUGGUAGUAGGUUCAAUUCUCUGAUUAUAGUCCUCACAAAGAAAUACUAGCUAUGUUUAUAAUUACCCGUGGAAUCCACAUGCUCAUAUCCAUGCUUUGAUUUACCCUUUGGAGGUUUAAUAGUAUGGCCAUCUCAUUUUAAAAGGGCUCAGCGUGUAUCUAUUCUUUAGUUCAAUUUAUAUAUUAAUUUCCUGAAUUAAGAAAAUUUCCCUUUCAAGUAGCCUGACUUAUACUGCUCUAGAACUGUUCUUUCCUGAAGAAAAGCCACUAUGACUGUGCAGGAUUUUCUGUACAGAGGCAAAACUCAUACUUUCAUUCACCAUGUGACAUGCCAAAAUAAUCAAGUGUGGCCUAAGGACUAAAUUAAAUGCCUCCUAUAGAAUUUCAAGGAAUGUUAGAACCAGGAAACUAGCUGUUUAGUUAUCAUUAAAAGUAUAUAUAAAUAUAUAUAAAUAUAUAUACAUAAGAAAUCAUAUCAACAAUGAGGAUGAACUGAGUGCCAAAUAUUCACCAUCUGUAUAAAGCUACACUUCACUAGAAUUAAACUAUUUUAUGUAAUUCUCUUUCUCAUGCUUUUAUGGUUCUUUUGAUAAAUUCUAUUUAGUAGCAUGCAGGAUACCUAAAUUGAAUGUACAGUAUGUUGUUUCAUUGCUACAAUAAUUUCUCGCUUCUCAGUAAUAUCUUCUUUACCAGAAUGUUAUUUGUUACUUUGAAGACAUAUUUGAGAAUUGUUUUAUUAUUGAGUUAUUCUUUUUUCAUGGUUCUCUACUCACCUCCAGCUGAUUGUAAGAAAAUGUGCUUCACUAUUUUGCCCCAUGGCUCUUUUAUGAAGCUGCCUCUCUCAAUUGGUUUAUGUAUUGUUUAUGUUCAUCUCCUGUAAAUAAUUCUGCAAUUAAAUUUUUUGAGAAAAA